GUAGAUCUAGCUAGAUAGAGGCCCUAUGGCUAUUAAAUAUUAUAGACUCUAGUAUAAAAAUAAUAAAUAUAGAUCUAGAUCUAUUACUAUACUAUUGACUAUUGGGCGAAUUUUUAUACCGAGUGUCCUAGGGUUAGGGUUAGAAUCUUGUAGAUCUAGAUCUAGAUCUAGUAUUACUAGAUCUAGAAUCUAGUUAGCAAGUAAGAAAUGAUCUUAUCAGGAAAUUUUAAAAGAGAUCUCUCCAUUACAAGCAGUCUUAUAUUACAAGAUUUGAACACAAACUUACAGAUGUACAUAAUGACCGAGCCACAGAAUUAAGGAGCAGGGGAGGUGCAAGAAGGAUAACAACAAAGUCUUUGGAUGUUGGUGGUAAUCUGGCACAGGCAACAAAUAUUUUGGCAAGCUGAAUAAUACAAAAAUAAUGGCUUUACAUAUUACUCCAGUAAAGCUUGGCGUUGAGAUCCGAGGCAUUGAUCUAAUAUCUGUCAGUUCUUGUCAGACCAUUGCUGACAUCAAACAUCUGCUGACCAAACAUUGCCUUCUGAUUUUUAAAAACCAAGGGAAGAUCUCUGGGAAGGACCAUGUUAGAAUCAGCAGAUGGCUUGGGGAUUUAGAGUCAACUUUUUAUAAACACCCAAGGUCCCCUGACCCGGAUGUCUUUAGAGUGUCUAAUGAUGAGCGUGAGGGCUGCCGCAAUGUUGGUCGCUCAGGCUGGCAUAUUGAUGGCUCUUUCAUGGAGAAACCAUUUGACUACGCUUUGUACCAUAUGGUUGCUGUACCUAAAGUAGGCUCUACAGCAUUUGUCGGUUUUGCGGAACUGCUUCAUUCGCUGUCCCAAGAGCGCAGAACCUCGUGGGAAAGGUUAUGGAUGGUGGGAAAUGACCAUGAUGUCAUUCACCCUUUGACCUAUGCCCACCCUCAGACAGGGCAGUCAGUUCUCUGUUUCCAUCUGGGGAUGAUUGGUGCUUUCAUCUGGGACUACAAAACCAGCCAGCAGAGAAUGACAAAUCAGGCAGAAACCAGACAAAUUUUGGGUGAAAUUCAUGAAGAAAUUGUUAAGAAAGAUGGGAAACUAAUUUAUGAACACGAGUGGCGUGAAGGAGAUUUUAUCAUAUCAGACAACAGGGCCGUGGCACAUGAAGCCACACCAGAAACACAGUACCCAGUUUCUAAAGUUGGUCUCAGGAUUCUUCAUCGGACAACAGUAGCUGGCAGCUCUAUACCAACUAAAUAA